AUUAAAAAGCGAUAUCAAUCGGUUUUCGUGGAAAAUUCUUUGGUUUAUAACUUCUUAAAUAGAACAGAAUCACCGCCAGCUAUAUCAACAGUAGCAACAACGACUACUCCUUCUACUAAUCAAUACAAAUAUCAAGAACUGUGGCCAAUUUCCCCUAAACAGUCAAAAUAUCAACUUAAAUUUGGAAUCGAUACAAUACUUGGCAGUGUGGAUACAAAUGAACACUUAUUGAAGAAAUCCUCCGAAGUAACAAAUGAUUUGAAAAAGUUAUUUGAAGUGAAAACAGAUCAGUUAUCAGUAAAAAGUACAACUUGUAUAAUGACAGCAAAUGAAACAGAGUCUAAUUGUGUAAAUAUAUAUUCUAAUGAAGAGAAAAGUGUUUUAAAUAAGGACGGAUCUUUGACAAAUGUGAAUUUACCUUCAUCUGAAAUGAUGAAAACAUUGUCUAUGACUUUUUUAACACAUCAAUCUCCGACCAUCCUCUCCUCUUAUGAUCAUCACAACAUAACUGUUCUUCACCAACUUCAUCCAUACAACCAUCAAUACCACUGCAAUCUUCUUUUGUUUCUUUCUUAUGGUUCAAUUCCUUUGGUCAAUAAAAUUAAAAAAUCAUCCGUUUCAUCUGGUUCUUCAUCAUCUUCUUAUUUAUCACCAACAAUACAAAAAGAACAAAUAUAUUUCCAUGACACCCCUGGUAAACUAUGGUUAACUCCACAAUUACACAACAAUAUGGUAAAAUCUACAGAAUCUUCAACUGUAAAAAUACAUAAAAAUUCUGAUUUGAAAGCAUUAGAUCAUAGUUAUUUAUCGGAUGAUCAAAGUGGAAAUUCUGUAAAUACUUCAUCGACAAUUGAUUUAUUAAAAUGUAUUGGCCCUGUUGAAUUUAUCAAUAAUGGUGCUGGAAUUAAAAAUCCAUUGGCAUGUAGCACGAAAUUUGAAAGGGAAUGGCUAAAUCGUCUUUAUGCUUCUCAAGUAGGUCCAAAUGAAUAUGUUUGCAAAGCAUGUGGUAAACGUUUCCAAUUAUUGCGUCUUUUAACACGACAUAUUAAAUGUCAUAGUCAGUUACAUAGGUAUUUAUGCAAGUUUUGUUUCAAAGGAUUCAAUGAUACAUUUGACUUGAAACGUCAUACCAGAACACAUACAGAGUCAAGUUUACGUCGUACUUGAUGAUCCUAUGUUAUUAUUCAAUGGAGCGCUUAUACAAACAUUUGGAGCAUUCAGGAGGUGUGCGACCUUAUAGAUGUUCAGAUUGUUCAAAAGCAUUUACCCAACGAUGCUCAUUAGAAGCACAUGGUCGUAAAGUUCAUGGUCGUCCAUUACAAUAUGCAUUCAAAGAACGUAGAGAUAAGCUAUAUGUAUGUGAAGAAUGCGGUUUCAGUACAACAGAUGCUGAAAAUCUACGUCAACAUACACAAACAGUACAUGUAACUAUAAAAUCAUCAAUUGGUGAUAUGUUAACAACCAAUACAUCUUCAAGCCUACUUCAAUUAUUUCCAAAUUAAUUAUUAAAUAAAAAUAAAUACUUAAUUUCAUCAAUUGAAUAAAUUAACGCACACAAAAAGAGAGUUAUAUAUUUUUAAAUAAGUUCAAAAUCAAUUACGUUAUACAUACAAAUACAAUGAAGUUUUCUGAAUAGUCACCAAAAUAAUUCAAUGCAAACAUCCCUUUACUUGUUAUCAAUGAUGUGACCUAGAGAUUACAUGAAUCUAGUGAAUAACUUAAAUAAACUUAAUUACAGACAGAAAAGUGUAAUAGAUAUACAAAAAAUCAUAUUAUCUAAGACGGAUAGUUUACAUAAUCUUUUCCUCGAAUCAUUUACUACAUUUAUAAAGAAGUAAUAAUAAUGAAAAUAUGUUCAUUUCCAUAUUUUAUCGUAUUCUUUUGUUUAAAUUUUUCGUUUUUCUCAUUACUAAUGAACAGGUAUUUUUCAUUUUCUUUUUUGUAUACUUCAUUUGAUGAAACUAUUCACGAUACACUCAAACGGUUAAUUACUAUUAUUUAUAUUAUUUCUGUUUUUAAUGAUCCAAAGGGAUUAAACCAAGCUGAAAUGUUUUUCAUUCCAAAAAACCAGAUAAAUAAGUAAAUAAACACCUUUAUGGAUUUCUU